GUGUAUUGAAUGGCCUGAACAAAUUCUGGUUGGGUCUAACAUUUGACGUUCAGGGCACAAGCACAUGGACAGAUGCAUCAGCUGUUAAUUAUACCAAUUUUGACCCAAGUGACCAGUCUUGUCCAGGCUGCAACUGUGUUAUAUUAGAUGGUUCACAUGCUACUGGUUGGAUCUGGUCAAAAACCGAAUGUACUGAGACAUUUAAGGCCAUUUGUAUGAAAAUUGAGGGGAACAGCACUCUUGGAAUCCAGAAUCAAACCAUUUGGAUCAGUGAAACAGGUGCAAUCUGGAAGGAUAUCCAAGGUGCAUGCAUCAAGGGAUACAACAAGCGUACCGUGGUUCGUGUCGAUACGAUGGAGAAAUGCAAGGAGCUAUGUAAAGGAGAGGGUGAAUUCAGUUGCAAGUCCAUUGAUUACAAUGCUCUUGAAGAGACAUGCCAAAUUUCAGUAAAAUACUCAGGAAAUCAUUUCAUAGAAAACCCCUGUCCUAGUGAGUCUCACUGGAGUUAUGCUGAAAUGAGCAACAUGGCUAACUGCAGUGAACAACUGGUAUCUGGAAGAACUUACUCUGUUUCUGAUGGUGCCAUUACUGUUUCUAGUACUUUGGCCGGAUCCCUUGAUCAUAGCGAAGCCAGAUCUAGAUUAAACCAAUGGAUACAGGUUGAUCUUGGUGAAGUUAUGUUAGUGACAGGGGUGGUCACACAAGGAAGAGCUGACGAGCCGCAAUGGGUUAAAACGACUAUGGAGACUCUAACAGGAAAUAGUAACAGUGACACCCAUGUUACUAAUGGUAUGGAUCCACCUUUGAAUGCAAGAUAUGUCCGCAUUAAACCUCAGAGUUGGGAAGAGCAUAUAUCAUUGAGGUUUGAUAUCAUUGGAUGCCCAUUGCCAGAGUCAUAUAACCCACUAGCUCAGUGCAACUGGCCAGUUGAUCCUCCACCAGCAGUCUAUAGUGAAUACUCAGCCUUGCUUUCAUUGGAAAAUGGCACCCAAAUACAGAACAACACAGGAGUAGCAGUCAAUGAGCCACUUAUUGCACGCUUCAGUCUUAGAGGCAUAGGCCCUUUGCAUUUGAAAAUAAAUGUGACUGCUAUUGAUCAAUACCCAAGUGUGCAGGGUGAGAAUAAUUCAACACCUGUGCCCAGUCUAAAUCUUGCCAGCCUGUUUCCAAGUAACGUAGGCAUUACCCAACAGAUUCAGCUGAAGGAUAUGGUUUAUUACUUGAACCAGACAACUGAUUACAGCAGUGGGAACGGUGAAUACUCACCUGAAAAUAGCAAUCGUUGUACCAGUGACUGUAUUGAUAGCAAAGAGUUUUGCCUCAUGAAUCAUAAUGAUGAGUUCACUCAUAAUUUUGAGAUAACAACACCAGGCUACUAUUCCAUAUGGGCACACGUCUCAACAAAGACUAGCAGUAUUCAAAGAAACAUAGGGAAGUUGUACAUUGAACACCCUAUUUCCACAUUCAACGUUGUCACAGACAGCCCAAUAAUCAAGCCCACACUGGAGAUGACAUAUGAAUUCUCACCCCCUCUACCCUCAAAUAUAAAUUACACAAUCAAGGAUGGAACUUUUUCAGAGACAUCCUCAUUAACCCAAAUGAAGGGUAUCCUGACACAUGCCUUCAGCUUGCCUGGAGAAUUUGAUAUCAAACUGACCAUAUGUAACCAUGUGAAUCAGCAAUCCAAGUCAAUUUCUGUAGAAGUCCAUGAGCGAUUGGAAUCAUUUGAUCUUCAGGUUCUUAGGGAAAGUUCAAGCCAUAACUGUGGUUUGUCAAUUCAACCUUCAGUGAAACAGUCCUUGUUUGGUUCUAUAUUGGAGACAUAUCCAACUGGAUGUGUGCUAACAUUCAAAGCAUAUGACUCUACACAAGGAGCAUCGAAAUAUAAGUACACCAUACUGAAACUUGUGAAUUUUGCUGAUACAGUUAGUGGGGAUAAAAGUGCUGAGCUUGUGACACAGAUUGAGACACAGAGUAGCAUACGACAUGCGUUCACAUCCCCUGGAUUAUUCUUCAUACACUGUAUUGUUUACACGGGGGAUUAUACAUUUAAAUCUGGGUAUGUCGUUGUGGACAUAUACCCUACUUUAGAUAUUUCCCUGACCCAGGUUUACUAUGGAGAAACCUACGAAAUUGAUGAAAUAGAUUAUCUUAAACUUGGUGAAUCUAUCGAUAUGGAAUGUAAAUUGGAUUAUGAUGCAAGCAAAUUCACAAAUGAUGUUGUAUAUACAUUCUAUAUUCUUGAAACAAGUUCCCCAUUAUCAUAUAUUGAUAUUGUUAAAAGGAAAGAGGAUGGAGAAUCAGAUAAUGAUAUUGGGAUUGUCCAGUAUAAUUUGAAUUUAAAUAGUGCAACUCAAAUGCAAACAUUAACUUUGGAUAAGACAGGGAACUAUACCUCAGCAUGCAAAACUGUGGACCCAAAUACAGAAGCAACACUUAUAAACAGCAAGAGUUUCCAGGCAAAGAAACCAACAGAAGGGCUGUACCUCAUCAGCAGUAGCCCAGUGGAAUAUGGAUCUGAUGUUGAGUUUAUUUUAUUCGCUCAAGAAGUCGGAAUGAAAUCUUCAUUUACCGUUCAAUACUCUGACCCCUCAAGCAAUGGCAACUCCCCAGAGGCUAUACCCACUCUAUCGCAGAACCAAAACAUCAGUUCCCAAAUUUCCGCCAUGGUGGAUCUCCCAUUUGAUCCUUCAACUAGUUACAGUUCAGUGUUCAGACACAACUACACUCUACCAGGCUCUUAUAUUGUAAAUGUGACUAUACAGGAAGAUAUAGGAGUACAGUUUAUAGGCACUCAAGCUGUGGUGAUGACAGUGAUCUGUCACCUGCCAGAUGUUUCUAUACAAGGUGGAGGGGAAACAAGACAAGAUGCCGUUCAGUAUGUGACAUCACAGAGCAUACAACUGAUAUCUAACUUAAAGACAGACUGUUCCAUUGCCUCAAGGGCAACAUUCCAUUGGAAAGCCUUUCGCAUUAGAGCAUUACAUCAUAAAGAAGUAACGCUACCAGAAACAGUGGACACCUCAUUAACUACAAUUGUGCUGCCCCAGUUUGCUCUUCCCUAUGGGGUUUACCUUUUGGAGUUCAAGGUUCAGCUGGUAACAAACCCAGGGCUAGAUCUCAGUGUUUAUAGUGUGGGGCAAACGUGGCUUGAAAUUGUCCCAGCUCCUUUACAGGCAAAGAUUGUAGGAGGUAGUGCCAGAGUUGUGGGUUACAACAAAGAUAUAACUCUCGAUGCAAGUAGAUCAUUUGAUCCAGACCUUGCUCCUACAACUUACAAAAGGCUGCUGGAUUACACUUGGUUCUGUCGUCGUGAACUUGAAACAUUUCCGACAAAUUGGACUAUGUACAAUAUGACCUCUGGAGGGUGUUUUAAUAAUGGAUUUGUGCUACCCUACACUAGUUCAAUCCUCCACCUCGAUUCAUCAAACUUCACCCCAGAUCAGCCCUAUAUAUUUGAGGUGGAAGUUUCACAGAAUGAUCGAUCCCCUUCACGCGCUACUCAGAGCAUCACUGUGAUAUCAGGUGACCCACCACAGCUUGAGAUAACGUGUCAUAUAAACUGUGUAGCAUUUAUCAAUCCCAAAGAGAGACUUGCUCUGCGGGUCGCAUGUACAACUUGUGAGGAGGCUGACAUUCUUAAAUACUCCUGGGAAAUUAUGCAAAAUGGCGAGAAAAUUGAAGAUUUUGAUUGGACAGUGGAUACAUUGACAGGACGGGACAAAAGCAGUUUGGUGUUUGUAGCUGGACUAUUUGGAAUUACUGGAGAAGAGACAUACACUCUGAAAGUAACAGCUUUAGGAUCCAGUGGUUCUCCAGGUUAUUCUCAGUAUACAUUCACCACCAACCAACCCCCAGUUGCUGGCAGUUGUUCAGUACAACCUUCAAGUGGCUAUGUCUUACAGACCAAGUUCAACCUCACUUGUUCAGGUUUUUCUGAUGCUAACACACCUCUCACAUAUGGAUUGUUCGCCCUCAGAGAUAAAGGCUACAAAAAUCAAACAGAGGAGCUACUAAUGCAUGGUACAAAUCCAACAGUGAGUGGUAUCUAUCUUCCUAUGGGGCACCCUAGCAGAGGUUAUAUUCUGGACAUGUCUGUCAGAGUGGAAGAUGCUUAUGGGGCAGCCACAGAGGUGUUUCUCGAUGCUACUGUUCAAAAGGCUUCUGUGUCCCUGGCCAAUUUAACAACUGGUGAAAACUCUGUGCUUGAUCUGUUGAUGAAGACUGGAGACGACCAGGGUGUGACAAGGUUGAUCAGCAGUGUAGGGACAUUAUUGAAUGAAGAGAGUAAGUCUGGGAUGGAAGAUGACCUGAAUCCUGAGGAAAGAAAGGAGUUGAAACAGCAAAGAUCAAAGUUAAGAUCAGCAAUGGUGGAGAACCUCAGCCAAGUGAAGGUACAAUCUUUAGCGUCCCUUCAGCAGUCAUCUACGGCUAUUUCCGCUAUUACCAAAGAGUCAUCGGAACUCACUAAAGAUACUCAGAAGAAGGCAGCUCUUGCAGUGAAAGAUAUGGCGGCAUUUUUACGAACUUCAGCUACCUCUGGAAUCUCCAGUAAAGAGGGAAUCGAUGGGGCUGCUAGAACCGUAAUAUCACCACGGCAACAUUAUCUGCCCUGGAUGACAUCAAAUCUGCAGUUUUAG